AUGAACAAUUUGACUAAAGCCAUAUUGAAUGGAGAUUUUGAUGAAUCUUCAUCACUUGAUGAUGAUAUCAUCAUGAUGCAACUGUUCACAGCGCAACAACAAAGAAUACAAAUAUUAAGCCUAAACCAACAAACUAGACGUAUUGGUUCCAUAAGUGGUCGUCGAUACAUUAAUUGUGAGAGGAUCAAAGGUGAUGAACAAAUUUAUAGAGAUUAUUUUGCAGAUAAUCCUGUGAAUGAGUACUUCAUCCAAACCCGUGAUGCCACUAGUGCUCCUGGAUUAUUCGGUGUACAGAAGAUGACUGCAGUACUUCGGACCUUGCAAUACGGCGUGCCUGCUGAUGCUAUAGACGAGUACAUUAGAAUCGACAAAAGUACUGCAAUUGCAGCCUUGAAUUUUUUUACUAGAUCAAUUGUUGCUACCUAUGAAGUUGUUUACUUAAGAUCCCCAAAUGAAGUAGAUGUCGCCAGAUUAUUGCAAAAGGGAGAGCAACGUGGAUUUCCUAGAAUGUUACAGAGUUUGGAUUACAAGUCGUCUUUAUUUGUUGAAUUAACUAGAGGACGUGCCCCUGCUGCCAACUACACCAUCAAUAAUCACGCGUACGCCAUGAGCUUUCCUACCCAUAGGCGUUCUACCCCUUGCAGAGACACUGCCCUCAUCAACAGUUGGAUUAUUACCAACACUUGGACUGUUAUCGUCUUCAAGAGAAAUGCAGUUAUCCAUAGGGGAAUCGGGGGCUGA